UGUGGAGCAGCAGGGACUGUUCUGUGUUCCGAGCCUGCAGUCCCCCAGUAGCGGGUCCUUGGUCUCUGGUCUCUGGUCUCUGGUCCCUGGUCCCUGGUCGGUUCUGGUACCGGACCCGACAUGCACUCCUUGGAGCGCGUCACGGGCGGAUUGGCGCGCGCAGGACAGUCUCACGUCCUGCAGUUCUGGCCCGAGCUGUGCGAGGCGGAGCGGGCCGGGUUCCUCCAGGAGCUGUCCCAGCUGGACCUGCCGGGCCUCCGGGACCACUGUGAAGGCGCUGCGCGCGCCGCCGCGGCCACGGCCGCGCGCCUGGACCGGCAGAUGGAGCCGGUCCCCCCAGAGUCCAUCGGCAGCACGAGGAAGAGUGACGAAGACUCUCUCGCAAUGUGGGGAGAUGAAGGGCUUUUGCAGAUCUCGGCGAGUCGAGUGGGCGUGUUGCUCCUGGCCGGCGGUCAGGGGACCCGGCUGGGGGUCCGGUUCCCCAAGGGCCUGUACGACGUGGGCCUGCCAAGCCGGAGCAGCCUGUACCAGAUCCAGGCCGAGCGGAUCCACAAGGUCCAGGACCUGGCGGACAGGAAGCACGGCUCCCGGUGCAGCGUGCCCUGGUACAUCAUGACCAGUGAGUUCACGCUGGCUCCCACGGAGACCUUCUUCAAGGAGAACGACUACUUUGAUCUGGAGCCCUCCAACAUCGUCCUGUUUGAACAGAGGAUGAUCCCAGCAGUGACCUUUGAUGGGAAGGUCAUCCUGCAGGGGAAAGGCAAGCUAGCCAUGGCCCCAGAUGGUAACGGGGGUCUGUACCAGGCGCUGGAGGACCACAAGGUGCUGGAGGACAUGCAGCAGAGGGGCGUCCAGUACCUGCACGUGUACUGCGUCGACAACAUCCUGGUCAGAAUGGCCGACCCGGUGUUCAUCGGGUUCUGUGUGACCAAAGGAGCCGACUGCGGCGCCAAGGUGGUGGAGAAGGCGUACGCCACGGAGCCCGUGGGCGUGGUCUGCAGGGUGCGAGGCGUGACCCAGGUGGUGGAGUACAGCGAGAUCCAACCAGAGACCGCCGAGCUCCGAGGGCCCGGAGGGGAGCUGGUCUACAGCGCCGGCAACAUCUGCAACCACUUCUUCACCAGGGCCUUCCUGCAGGACGCCGCCGCGUCCUACAAAGAUCAACUGAAGCAACACGUGGCCCUCAAGAAGGUUCCCUACCUGGACGCGAGCGGCCGCCAGGUCACGCCCUCCACGCCCAACGCCAUCAAGAUGGAGAGAUUUGUUUUUGAUGUCUUUCCAUUCUCAAGGAACUUUGUCGUGUUUGAGGUUGAGAGGGAGGAAGAGUUCUCCCCCCUGAAGAACGCAGACGGCCUCACCGCAGACGGCCCCACCGCAGACAGCCCCACCACGGCCAGAAACGCUCUUCUGGCUCAACACUGCCGCUGGGUCACGGCUGCACACGGCACGCUGCUGGAUGAAGACGGGAAUCCUCUUCCUCCUAGAGCCAGUGCAUCAGCAGUGAACAAGCCUCCAGCCCGAUGUGAGAUCUCUCCGCUGGUCUCCUACUCUGGGGAGGGCCUGGAGGAGCUGCUCAGAGGGAGGACUCUGCAGACCCCCCUCCUGCUGGAUGAGAAACGGGCCAAAGAGCUGCAGAUGAAUCGAGCUCUGUGAAGUCCAGGGUGACCCUGAACGCAGCAUUGCUACACACCUGUGUGUGAGGGUGUUGUGUCUCUUUGUUGAGAUACACACACGACAAAUCAUUUUGACUUUUGUUUUGUUUUACACAAAACCAGAAUUAUUCAAUUAAAUGAAUCUUGAACUACAAAA